UGAAAAAGAAAGAGUUGACUAUAUCCAUGUUCGACUCACAGGUGCCCCAGUCUACAAUGAAAGAGAUAUACCCAGUCUUGAUGUGGGUGAUACAAAAUGGGAUCACUUUACCAUUGAAGCCAGUUGCUGGUUAUAUGGAGUGGUUUGGAGUGGACUCAAACUAUUAGUCCCAGAUAUCAAAAGCAUUCACAAUAAGAAGAGAAUCCAUGCCCAAGCCUUUAAAUUACUCAAAUGCAUUUGUUCCCAAAUUUCAAGUUUGGAUGAACCAGAAGAACUUCUAGCAGUUCAAAUGUAUGAAAGCCUUUUCACUGCUACCAAGUUAGGGAUUGUUGAGAUUGUUAAUGAGCUUAUAAAGAUAAAUCCCAACUUAUUACUCGUUCCAGAUAAGCAAAAUCAAAAUGUAUUUUCAGUUUCAAUUCUAUAUCGGGGAGAAAAAAUCUUCAAUCUCAUCUGCGGAAUAGAGGGACAAUUGGCUUUGCUUUCACCUUUAACAGGUAAUGACCAGAACACCAUAUUACAUUUAGCUGGAAAAUCUCCCCCUUCCUCUAAUGAAGAGGAUAAGUUGCCAGGUGCUGCUUUGCAAAUACAACAGGAGCUGCAAUGGUUUAAGAGCAAGGAUGAAAUCAACAAAGUCUAGUACUUCAAAUAUGAUUGUUCCUGAAGUUCUUACAGGAUAUAAUUAUGGAGUCUGGAUGAUUUUUAUGAAGAGCUAUUUGUUAGGUCAAGGGCUUUGGGGCAUUGAGAAUGGAAUUGAAUGUCAACCUGAACCUAGUACUUCACCUGAUCAGUUGAAGAGUUGGAGAGAGAAAAAUGGAAAGGCUCUACACGCCAUUCUAAUUUCAUGUGAAGAGCAAGUGUCAUCUUUUGUUGUGGGUAUAGUCUCAGCCAAAGGUGCUUGGGAUCAGUUGGCCCUUAUGUUUGGAGGAAUGUCCAGCCGAUAUGGAAAAGGAAAUAUGGUGGACGACCCAGUCCAUGAUAGAAGAUACCAGGACUUAUGUCAGGCUGUGUUUCGUGGUGACUGGAAAAUAACCAAAAGUCUCCUGUGUCAACUUCCUGCUCAUGCAAACGACUACUUGACUGCAAUUGUUUCACCAAAUUUGGGAACACUUCUUCAUGUUGCAGUUUCGGCUGGGCAUUUGCAGCUCGUAGAAAAUUUGGUGGAGUUGAUGACCAACAGCCCAGAUGCCUUAACCACAAGAAGUUCGUUUCCAACUCCCCUUCACUUAGCUGCAUGUUGUGGAUUCACCAAGAUUGCAGAGGUCCCGGUGAAAAAGAGUUCAUAUUCCUUGCAAAUCCAAGACCCCUAUGGCCUUAUACCAGUUGCUAAGGCCAAUUUGGACACAAGGACACCACACAAUUCCUUUACUCAGUGACUAUCAAAGAAGCACUAAUUGAGGGAGACGGCAAGAAUGGUGCUACACUUCUUAAUGCUGCAAUUUUGUAUGAGAUGUACGGUAUGUACCCACCCCUUAAAAAAAUAAUAAAAUAAAAUAAAAUAAAAGUGGGUCUAAGUGAUUGAACAAGGGUGUGAGCCAUUCUUAUAGUAACCAGAUCCUCUCAAGCACGCAUCCAAUAGCUAGGGGUGUAUGCCCGAUGCUGCAUUUCAGCUGUAUAAUAUGUGCGGAAUACGAUCCCUGUCCA